AUGAAGGCAGAAGUAACCAAGAGCAAAUUGUCUAAGGAAGAGUAUGAGAAAUUCAAAAGAGCUGAGAGAAGAAAGAACAAUAAGAGCAAAAAGAAAUGCACUAAAGAAAAGUAAGAAAUUAUAGAGGAGGUAGUCAAAGGUGAUGAAGAGUAGAUUAUAUAUGAUGAAGAGACCUUUCAAGAGAUAGAAGUAUAUAUCAGAUUGAAUAGUGUAGAUAGAUGCUCUUAUUACAGGGAAACAUUAUGACAAUUUUAAACAGGUUUUUGAUAAUUUCAAUUAACAUACUGAAAGAUUGAUGAUGAAGACAUAUGAAAAGGUUUAUGAGAAUGAAAAAGAAAAGGAAAAAGAAUAAGAAGAAUAAUAAGCAGCUGAAUAGUAGUAAUAAUAAUAACAAUAAUAAAUUCAAUAAUAAAUACAUGAACCGAAUUAAACAAUUUAAAAUUAUUUAUAAUAGGGAAAAAAGAAAGAAGCUAAAUUAUCAAAAAAAUAAAGAAAAUAAUUAAGAUGGUUAAAAGUAGCAGAAUUAAAAUAGAAAGUAAAGAGACCAGAUCUUGUCGAAUUUUGGGAUAUCACAUCUCCAGAUCCUAUGUUUUUAAUUUAAUUGAAAAGUGUACGUAAUUCAGUAACUGUUCCUAGACAUUGGUCAUAAAAAAGAAAAUAUUUGUAAAAUAAAAGAGGAAUAUUGAAAGAACCAUUUUAAUUACCAGAUUAUAUAGAAAAAACAGGAAUUGCAAAGUUGAGAGAUCCUUUUGUAGAUAGAGAUGGAGGUAAGAUGGUUAGAUAGAAAUUAAGAGAAAGAAUGAAUCCAAAAUAAGGAAAAUUAGAUAUAGAUUAUUAGAUAUUACAUGAUGCUUUCUUUAAAUAUUAGACAAAACCAAUAAUGACAAAACAUGGUGAAAUCUAUUUUGAAGGUAAAGAAGAAGAAAUGAGAGCAAAAAACUUUUGUCCUGGAAAAAUGAGUGCUGAAUUGAGAAGUGCAUUAGGAUGUACUGAUUUUUAAGCACCUCCUUGGUUACCAAAUAUGUAAAGAUAUGGACCUCCUCCAAGUUAUCCUCAUAUGAGAUUUAUUGGAAUGGCUAGUAUUUUUGCUGAACCUUCUUCNUAUAGUGGUAUUAUAUUUAUUAAUCAAAUUAUAGAGUUCUAUGGAUGGAAAUACAUACUUAUGGGAUUUAAGAGGAGAAGUACCAUUGUAUUAAUUAAAUGGAGAAGGUAAAGCAUUAGCUUGUACAUGGAUAGAUAAUAAAAUACUAUUUGGAGGAUCGACUAAUAAAUUAUAUGUGUAUAAUUGUUGAUAUAUUUAUUAUUUUAUUAUUAUUAUAUUCUUAUCUUUUAUUAUUACUAUUCUUAAUAUAUAUUAAUUAUUUUAAUAAUGAAGGCAGAAGUAACCAAGAGCAAAUUGUCUAAGGAAGAGUAUGAGAAAUUCAAAAGAGCUGAGAGAAGAAAGAACAAUAAGAGCAAAAAGAAAUGCACUAAAGAAAAGUAAGAAAUUAUAGAGGAGGUAGUCAAAGGUGAUGAAGAGUAGAUUAUAUAUGAUGAAGAGACCUUUCAAGAGAUAGAAGUAUAUAUCAGAUUGAAUAGUGUAGAUAGAUGCUCUUAUUACAGGGAAACAUUAUGACAAUUUUAAACAGGUUUUUGAUAAUUUCAAUUAACAUACUGAAAGAUUGAUGAUGAAGACAUAUGAAAAGGUUUAUGAGAAUGAAAAAGAAAAGGAAAAAGAAUAAGAAGAAUAAUAAGCAGCUGAAUAGUAGUAAUAAUAAUAACAAUAAUAAAUUCAAUAAUAAAUACAUGAACCAAAUUAAACAAUUUAAAAUUAUUUAUAAUAGGGAAAAAAGAAAGAAGCUAAAUUAUCAAAAAAAUAAAGAAAAUAAUUAAGAUGGUUAAAAGUAGCAGAAUUAAAAUAGAAAGUAAAGAGACCAGAUCUUGUCGAAUUUUGGGAUAUCACAUCUCCAGAUCCUAUGUUUUUAAUUUAAUUGAAAAGUGUACGUAAUUCAGUAACUGUUCCUAGACAUUGGUCAUAAAAAAGAAAAUAUUUGUAAAAUAAAAGAGGAAUAUUGAAAGAACCAUUUUAAUUACCAGAUUAUAUAGAAAAAACAGGAAUUGCAAAGUUGAGAGAUCCUUUUGUAGAUAGAGAUGGAGGUAAGAUGGUUAGAUAGAAAUUAAGAGAAAGAAUGAAUCCAAAAUAAGGAAAAUUAGAUAUAGAUUAUUAGAUAUUACAUGAUGCUUUCUUUAAAUAUUAGACAAAACCAAUAAUGACAAAACAUGGUGAAAUCUAUUUUGAAGGUAAAGAAGAAGAAAUGAGAGCAAAAAACUUUUGUCCUGGAAAAAUGAGUGCUGAAUUGAGAAGUGCAUUAGGAUGUACUGAUUUUUAAGCACCUCCUUGGUUACCAAAUAUGUAAAGAUAUGGACCUCCUCCAAGUUAUCCUCAUAUGAGAUUUAUUGGAAUGGCUAGUAUUUUUGCUGAACCUUCUUCUUAUCAUACUUCUGUAAAAUAAGUGAUUGAAGAUUCAUGCAAAAAAGCAGAUUAACCAGGACUUUAUGCUACAUUUAAAUAUUAUGAUGAAGAGGAUCUAAAUGAAUUAUCAUAAAAAACAGGAUUAUAAGCUGAUGCACCUGUAGAUAAAUCAUUAUGGGGUAAAAUAGAAGAAGUAGAGGAUGAAGGUGAAGUAGAAUAAGAAGAAGAGGAAGCACCUGAAGCUCAAUAAAGAUAAGAAUAAUAAUUUGAUAAUUCAUCAUAUCAAUUUGGAGAUUCAGAUACUCGUCUUCCUGGUAGAUCUAUUAGUGGACUCUAAACACCAGAUGUAGAUUUGAGAAGAAGUAAUUUAUUUAAAUUAUAAUUUAUAUAGAUUUACAAAAUGAUCCAAGACCUUUGUAUUAGUAAUUGGAAUAAGUGUAAGUUGAUCCUAGUAGUGGAAAUUAAAUAUUUAUGACAGGACAUACAUAUGUAUUGCCAAAAUAAUGAUUAUUAUUAUUAAAAUAAAUAAUUCAGAUUGG